ACCUAUCUCGACAUUAUUCGACAACUUACCCACUCAACCCAUGAGAAUAAAAUCAACCCUUCACGAGACACCCAUUCCUGUCUCUUGACUUUACAGUCCCAAUUGAGGGAAAUGGAACUAUCCAAAUCAGCCUAUCUUUUGAAACGAAGGAAGGGAAAAUACUUUACACAAGGUAAUGGGGCAGGGGCUACCCUGGCAUCUAAACUGAAAGAAUGGCUCACUAAUGCUAAAAUAGCCUUUCUGCAUGACAGCGUGCAAGGGAAAAAAAUACUGGACCCUCAAAACAUAGCGAACGAGUUUGCAUCUUACUACAGCACACUAUAUAACCUUUCUGGAGAUCCAAACCUCCAGCAUCCCUUAACCCAACACAUCGAUCAAUUUCUAGAAA